AGUGCAUCAAGGAUGUCGUGGAACACAACACAGUACUACAGUGCAGGUGAAGAUAGGCACUAGAGGUAACCUGAGAAAGGUAGAGAGCUAAAUUAAGAUCAUAUAGGUCAUCCAUGGCCAGCCUGUCCAUGGCAGCAACCUCGACGACAGCGUCCAUGGCACUGGCGCUCCUGCUCAUGGUGGUCAGCUCAGCCUUGGCGGCUCCAGCUGAUCCGGCACCGGCGAUCGGGCUUCCGGGCUGCGACACCGCCUGUGGGGACGUGGGUGUGCCGUAUCCGUUCGGCAUGGGUCCGGCACGCUGCUACCGCUCGCCGGGGUUCAACCUCACCUGCGACCGGUCAAGCAACCCACCACGUCUCCUCCUUGGCAACGACGGCACCCUCCAAGUCCUGUGCAUCGACCUGUCGGAACCCUCGGUGCUCGUCAACCGUUACCGCACGGCCGGAGACAUCAAGGUGGGCCCCGACGGCCGCGGCUCGUUUGGCGGCGGCCUUGGGGAUGACGGGCCCUACGCGCUGUCACCGGGCUCGUUCGGCAACGGGAACGAGCUCAUCGUGACGGGGUGCAACGUGCGAGCGACCCUCAAGGAUGGCAACAACGUCACGAUGAGCGGCUGCUCCUCCUUGUGCCAGGACGGUAGAGACGGGCGCCCCUCGCAGUACGCGUGGUCCAGGCUCGACAGCAGCAUGCUCUGCACCGGCAUAAGCUGCUGCCAGGCGCCCAUCGUCGUCAACCUCGAGAAGGUGAAGGGACGCCCUCCUGUGUACAGCGCGUCCUACCACGUGGAGCUCGAGUGGUUUGGAUCCAACCGGAGCGCCGACGAGGAGCGGAUGCCGGCGCGCGUGUUCGUUGCCAAGGAGGGCUGGUUCGAGAACAAACAGGUCUUUCGCACUCUGCUGAAUUCCGACUUCACGGAGACGUUGGAAGUUCCUGUCUGGCUGGACUGGGAGGUAGACGUUGGCGGCCAUGGCGGCGGCGCCGCUGCCGCCGCUGCUGCAGAUAGAAACAUCAGGUGCUCGGAUGGUACAAGAGGCGGCUAUAUUUGCCUGUGUAAGACUGGUUACCAAGGCAGCCCCUACAUCACCCAAGGAUGCAAAGACAUCGAUGAGUGCAAGCUGCCACAGUAUUGGUGCCUGGGUGACGCUGUAUGCACCAACACGGACGGAGAUUAUGACUGCGGCUGCCCACCAGGAACACAUGGCAACGCCACCCUACCCGGUGGGUGGGUCCCUUCUGUCACUGCCACAGAUAUUUGCAACAGUACGUGCGGAAACGUGGUGGUGCCGUACCCAUUCGGCAUGGGCCCGUCCCACUGCUACCGUCCAGGCUUCAACCUCACCUGCAACUACCCAAGCAGCGGAAGCAAGCCACCGCGGCUGCUGCUCGAUAGCCACGGCGCCUUCCAGGUCGUUGACAUCUCCCUCAAGAACACCACAGUGCGUGUCGUCACCGCCGCGCCCCCCAUCGAAGUCACCACCAAAAACCAAUACAGCUUCCAUUUCGACGACGAUUUGACGGACCGAGGACAGGCGCUCUUCUCGCUGUCUACCCGCAACGAGCUCAUCCUCAAGGGGUGCAACGUCCAGGCAACGCUGCUGGGGCGCUGGCAGGGUCGUGGGCGCGAGCACGAUGGGACCAUCAUCAGCGGCUGCGCCACCUUUUGCUCCGACAACGCCUCCGCCCCCGAUGACGGCACGAGGACAAUGCAAGACAGCCCUGACGACAAGAACUGUUAUGGCAUGGGCUGCUGCCAGGCGCGCAUUGCCACGUCCAUGGACGGCAUGCCGAGACUGCUGAGCUUCAAAUUCACUGACCUCAACAACGUCCAGGACAACUUGACGGCGUUGCCCCCCUACGUGUUGAUUGCGGAGGAGGGGUGGUUCGACAAGGGCCUCGUUUCCCACCAGCAGCUGCAGGCGCUUCAGCGCAAAUCUAGCUUCAAACCGGAGGUCCCGAUUGUUCUCCACUGGGAGGUGAUGCAACAGGGCAGCGGCUUACCCAGAGCUGAUAUGAAUAAUUGUCCUAUGGAGGUGGACAGCAGGCUAUGCAAGAGCAAGCACAGCCACUGCAUACCAGGGAACAGAGGUUACUCGUGCCAGUGCGAUGACGGCUACCGCGGCAACCCCUACCUCGUUGAAGGCGGAUGCACAGAUGGUCGCAUGUCUUUUAAAGGUAUAAGCGUGGUUAUAGGAAUUGCCAGUGGGGUUGGUCCCCUACUUUCUGUUCUCAUUGCAUUCUUUGUUUCCAAUAAAAUAAAAGAAAGAAGGGCACGUUUGUUGAAAAGAAAAUUCUUUGAGCAGAAUCGUGGCCAAUUGUUCGAACAGUUGGUAUCACAGAGAACAGACAUUGCUGAAAAGAUGAUCAUAACCCUGGAUGAGCUUGCAAAGGCAACAAACAACUUUGAUAAAUCUCGUGAGCUUGGUGGUGGAGGGCAUGGGACGGUAUAUAAAGGAAUUUUAUCUGACCUCCAUGUCGUGGCUAUCAAGAAACCAAAGAAGAUGGCUCAAAAGGAGAUUGAUGGGUUUAUUAAUGAGGUAGCUAUUCUAUCACAGAUCAACCAUAGAAAUGUAGUAAAACUCUAUGGUUGUUGCCUAGAAACUGAAGUCCCGAUGUUGGUCUAUGAGUUCAUAUCCAAUGGAACCCUUUAUGAGCAUCUUCAUAUUGACAGACCAAGAUCAUUGGCGUGGGACUACAGCCUGCGGAUAGCCACUGAAACAGCCAAAUCUCUUGCCUAUCUUCACUCAACUGCUUCAAUGCCUAUCAUCCAUAGAGAUGUCAAGUCUGCUAACAUACUUUUGGAUGAUAUGUUGACAGCAAAGGUAGCAGAUUUUGGAGCUUCAAGGUACAUUCCUAAGGAUAAGUCUGAGGUAACAACAAGGGCUCAAGGUACAAGAGGAUACUGGGACCCUAUGUGCAUUUACACAGGGCGGGUUACAGAAAAAAGUGAUGUUUACAGCUUUGGGGUUGUCCUUAUUGAAUUGCUAACGCGGCAGAAACCAUCUUCAUAUUUGUCCUCCGAAGGCGAGGCUCUUGUUGUACAUUUUGUUAACUUGUUUGCAGAAAGCAACCUGAUCAAGAUAUUGGAUCCACAAGUUAUGGAGGAGGGGGGUAAAGAAGUUGAAGGCGUGGCUGCAAUUGCGGCAGCAUGCACAAAGUUAAGAGGAGAGGAUCGUCCAACCAUGAGACAAGUGGAGUUGACAUUGGAAGGCUAUUGUGCAUCCAAAGAGCAUAUUUUAGACAAUGCACUAGCCAAGAAAGUUAAGAAGAAUGAUACUGCAGCAUACUGUUCAUCUACUAAACUUAAAAGAAGCAGCGAGGGGUCGACCAUACCGUAUAGUAUGGAAAAGGAGUUCAUAUUAUCUGCAAGUUAUCCCCGAUAGUUUUAGUACAAGGUAUGCGAUAUAGUAAACGGUUACACGAGAGUUCUUCAACCAGUUUGGUGGCACACCGAUCUUAGGCUAGAAAGCUGAUGUUUUAUUCUAGUUUUUUUUUCCUUUUGAUCUGUAUUAUUUGAGAUGUGUACGUUGACUGACACUUUAAUAAUACUAGUAAGACGCCCUUAAGUGGCUACGGAACAAAAAAAAAGUGUCACAAACACGUUUAACAAGAGACAUGCGUUGAAAGAAGAUUUUGCCCGCUUCUCCCUGUUGAUAACUGUGCUUUUCAGAACUAUAAGUGUGCAUGAUACUCAAUUUUGGUGAAUUACCCACUGAGGGCUCGUUGGUUGUGUAUUUCCCGGUGGGGAUCGGGAGGGAUUAAUGGGAGUUUGAGCUACAAUCUC